AUGGCAAGGGCAGUGAGGGCUAUGGCAAUGGCUAAGGGGAUAUAUUACAUUAUAUUUCCAAGAGAAGGGGACGUAUUCGUGGUGAAACUGAGUGAUUUCGGUUCCCCUACGCUAGAUGUGAAUUUUCAUUCAAAUGACCAGAAAUAUAUUAAUAUAGCAGGGAUGUUUCUUGACGGGGAAACCCCUUUCGAGUUUUCCAAGAAAGAGUUUAAAAGAUUGUUCAAUACUCUAGGGAACGGCACAGACAGAGUGGGUGAUAUCAUGGAACUGAAGCUAAAUGAUUUAGUCCAGUGUGCUGCGAGAACCGGGGCAUCUGAAAAUCAACGCAAGGGAGAGUACCCGCUAGCUAAAGUGUUUGAUCACUGUUUGCAGGCUGACCAUACAAUUCGAAGCUUGAAAAGGCCUUUUUACAUGGAUAUUGGGGCGAGAAUAGUUCAUAUGAAUUCGACCUUACAUUAUCUAGGCGAUUCAUCUAUCAUUCAGUACGAACAAAUUAUCCGUAUUCAUAAUAAGAUUCCGAUUUUAUCCUCCUCAUCUGCAACAGCAGUUCCUCAUGGAUAUGGAUCAACUCUCUUGUUCGAUGUCGUUUCUGGAGGAAAAGGAGGCAAAUAUCCGUGUAACCGUUCUUGCUGCAUUAAAAUCGUUGAGUUUGGUGCUUCGAUGAACAAUCUCCGCUUCAUUCGUACCCAUUCUUAUGAUAAUGAGCCUAGCUCCAGUUCUCCCACCAUAGAUGUUACAGCCUACCCAUGCUCUGUUGAAAUGAAGGAAGACCCACCAGUGCAGAUCUUAGUGUGGGGUACGGCACAUCCCAAGUCACAUGGAAACCCAUAUACAAGUAGCGUUAUCACCAAGCACUGCGAAUUCAAAAUUGAUUUUUUUGGAGGCAUUAAACAUCUUGAAAUAUGGUCAAACUUUGACAAGCUGGCGACGCAACGUGGCAAACUCAUGACCUUUGAAUUGGAGGAUGAAGCCCUAGUUCGGAUGCUUAUAAUGGACAACGUUAAGACUCAACACCGAUGUUUUGGCAUUACACGUCGCUUGUGGCAAAGGGAAUGGCUAGCCUUGCCCACACGCGAAUCAACAAGGGUGCCAAUGGAAACUCAUGAUGUGAUACUCGGGUCCGUGAAACAGACGAUGAGAAACAAACACUGCACCAUUUCUUCUCUCUUUUUAAGAAAAGAGGAUAACCCAUACCUCUUUCUAGCCACCUUCCGAGCACGGUUGAAGGAACUUCUCCUGAGCUUGUCUUUAGUAGUGGAACUCCACUCCAUCGAGGAAACUUUCUGGAACUCUCCUUGGACCCUAUGGCAGGAACAUAUCGUAGUCACUACUCUUGGCUUUACGGCCGAGGUUUACAUUACCACAGACCAAACCUUCGAUUAUUCAAAUUUGCCAUCAAUGGCGCUCGGCCUUUGGACCUGUUCAACAUCCAUAGCGUUCAUUGACAUGAGAAUGCAAGGAGAUUCAUCAAAUCAUCGAUUGGAUUUGGAGAACAUGUUUAUAGCUUUCAUUUUCGUUGGCAAAAAUGAGAUUAUAAAGGCUCUGCAUGAAAAAGGCGCUUCAGGUUACGUGAAAGCACUCGAUUGGGAAUUUGGCGGAAAACGCGCCUUCACGAAGGCAAUCGAAUCUAGCCUCAAGCAAUAUUCUCUUCACUUAGACGGGACUCGCUGCGGCCAAGCUGUAGGGAUUCUAGGUAGCCCAAGAUUUUGUCAGUCGGCCUUUCAUCUCCUCGCCAGAGACCUCUUAGAGCGUUUCCUCGAGCAAGAUAUCAACAAGAGGCUUCUCCAUUUGCAAGGUGACUUGAAUCCAGCGCUUCAUCUUGCAACGAAGUCACAACAUGGAAACUACCGAGUCACUGGUGAUAGUGGGAGUAAACCCAAACACCGAAAACUACGACUAGAAGAAUUAGCGAAAGCGCUAUUCUCAUCAAAAACCAAAGAUCUAAUCGCUUUGAUGAAUGCAUGCUACAUGGCGUUGGUUGGUAUCUUGGAAGAACUUCGAGAUCAACUGAUUGAUUUAUCCGAUCUGACGAGUUUUUGCGCGUGGAGAACCCUUGGACAACACUUAUGCGUAACGAAUUUCGGGCUUCGAGUACGCUCUAACUCCAACGCCCCUUGGUUUGUUGAUGCUGCUACUCUCAAGCCUUAUAAAGUCGUUGGAUCACUAAGCGCAAAAGUGACCCGUGGGACUUCUGAAAUCGGAUAUCAAAAGUGUUCAUCUAUGAAGCUUCAGAGCGGUGACUUAACCCUGGGGAAGGAUACUGGGUUAGGCUUCGAAGACCAGCGGAAAGCCGCUACAUCGCGCUUCAAAAAUAUAAGGCCUGGAUACCGGGACAUUGGCGGCAGCUACGGAUUCGACGGAGGAAGUAAUCCAUACUAUUACAGAUAUCGCGGAUCCGGUGCAUUUUGGAGUGGCCUCGAUACUCGCCCAUUCGAAGCAAUGACGGUAAUCGAAAGUGAGCGAGAAGUUAUGCCUCCGAAUCCCGCCUAUGAUGAGAAUGCCAGCGGACCCAGCCUGUCUGAACUAUACUUAGCGGGAGAAUUCAAAGGCCCAAUUCUAAAGAAUACGGUAGUGGACCUCUUCAGGUUUGGCCGUGAAAAUUUCACUGACUUUCUCUCGAAAGAAACCACCGGUUCUCGUAUUCCUAGCUCAGUCAAUACAGUUUCGCUAGGGUUAGUUGAAUGCACAAUAUAUCGGCGUACUAAGAAUGCCAUUCUUGUAGGAGGAACAAAGAUCCACCUUGCAUCACCGUCCCCACCACACGCUGAACGCAAGAACAAGGGGGCAAUCGAGCAGCUAGGCAGUCUAUCAGCUAAGAGUGAGGCGAAUAAGAGGAUGUACAUGUGUCUCGAGUUACUAGUGUAUAGUUUCUUUGGCAGCAAAGGCCGGGGAAAAGGCGCAUCUUGCACUCCAGUACAUGAGGCUUGCUGGCCUAAGCGAGGCGAAAGGUUGUAA